AUGUCCUCGCUAGCUGUGUCAUACAACUUUCGGACAUUCAAGUGCAAAGCUGGUCCUUCUAAAAUUCUCAAUGACGUUCUCAUAGAAAGCUGCACGCACUUCAAGCUCGAGCCGAGCCAAUUCGCUCUCAAGCACGGCAGCCAGCUGCUGGAUCUGUCUUUGCCCUUGAGGCUGGCCAAUCUGCCCCAGGGCUGCAAACUGGAACUUGUGAAUGCACCACGGGACACGAAAUCUACUGGAGGAGGCUCGGUUGUGAUAAAACUACAAAUAAUGGCUCCAGAGGGCGAUUCGACUUUUGUUCUGCCUCCGCCCUCCCAGUUGGUUAAGGAAUGCGACAGCGAUAAGAGCAUUGAGGAGGUUUUGCAGGAUUUUGAGAAAAGCCUGAAUAUACAACUGCUACACAGAGAGGCAAUUGGAGAGUGCAAGUACACUUACGAACCAAUUGUCCAGAGCAUGAGUAAGACGAUGACAGGAACGUCUGAGCUCAAGCACUCCCUGAGGUCGUUAGGUCUUGUCGGCGGAAAUCACACGCUGAGGCUGAGAUUCAAGGCUGAAAAACAUGACGUAUGCAAACCACAUCUGACCGCGCGUACUGCCUCAGUUGAGGAUAAAGGCGAGAGUCAGAGCUCCGAACACCAGGCAGCACUUUCCGAGGAAGAACCGUCGCUAGUGUCAGACUCCAACCCAAUUCAAGUGUACGUCCCAAAAACAGAACACAGCGAAGACGAGCACGUUGAUGAGUCCGUCUACGACAUGUCUAUUGAGCAGGCGAGACUCUACCAAUCGCUGCUUGCCAAAAGAGCACAUCCAAAUAAACAGAUGAUGAGCAAAAGACAGCGCGAGCAGCUUGCUCCUGAAAAGCCGGCGGUGGAAGAGUGCAUAAUCAGGAUCAAGUUCCCGGACUACACUCAAGUGCAACUUGUUAUGCAGCCUGAUCAUACUCUAGGAGAUCUUUAUAAUGUGCUCUCUUCAAAAAUAGUUCACAUGACGCAAGCCCAGAGAGAAAAGCCGCGUCCAGUAUUUCAGCUGCAUACAGCCUAUCCUGGGCAUCCGAUCCUCACUAGCGCAGACGAUUUCGAAAAAGAGCUCGUGAAAGACUGUCAAUUUGCACACCGUUCGCUUCUCGUGUACCGGGACGACUUCAAACGCUCGCAGUACGUGAAAGACGAAUACUUGGAGACUGCCAAGGGGUUGGACGAGCUGGAGGAGGUUAAAAUCAGCAAGAAAGAAGCCGAGACGACGGAAACCGAAGCCAGUAAAGCCAGUACCGCACCGAAAGCUGAAACACCCGCGCCAACGCCGACUACUGCGCACAACACACGAAAAGUGCCAAAAUGGUUCAAGAUGGGGAAGAAAUGA